GCAGCGACUUGAAGCACACAAUAAUGUUUACGUAACCUACAAGUAGUUAAAUUAUUUUCAUUAUUGAUAUUGCAGAUGAAUAAAAGCAAAAGUGGAGCCAGUGCGCAGGCGGCGUAUACACCACAAGUGUACUGGUUUCAAAUGCUGAAAUUUCUAGACCAGUCAACAGAGGCCGACGAGAGUAUGUGCAAUUUGGAGAGCACGGAAAGUGAAACUGGAAGUGAACGUGCCACACCGACGUUUGAGGAAAUGUUAGCGCAUGAGAUGCAAGAGCCUGUCGCAUGUAGCGAGGCACAGCCACAGCCCCUGCGUCAAGAGCGGCCUCCCACUAAAAGGAGGAAAGUCACGCCAGACGUGGCAACUAACGUCAUGGAGGAGGCCAGCAGGACACUUCAGGCUAUGGCUGAUGCUGCCAGAACCAUGUCUGUCCAUGAUGACCGCUAUAGUACCCUUGGCGCCCACAUCGCAGCAGAACUGCGUGAAAUGGAAAUGGUGGGCGGCAGGGAAUACACCACUGCCACUAUGCACAGUCUGCAGCGGACAUUAAUAGACAGGUGGGAUUUGCUGCAUGCGACAGCCCGUGCACAACCGUCCACCUCUGGAUAUAUCCAGGCUGCCUUGCAGCAGGCUGGAAUAGAGGAUGAAGAUUCCAUUCCAUAAAUAUAUAUGUGUCUAUAAAUUUUGUAUCUCUCCAAUCUUCUUAAUCUAUUUUUAUAAUCAGGGUGCCUCACAUUGUAAAGUGUCUCAUCCGCUUCAUACAUCUCAAUUAAUUUUGUGGUAUCACACAUCUC